UGGGUGUCCUCCUGGUCAGUGAUUCUGGAAUCCUUGGAGUUCUGGAGAAGGCAGUCUUGGAGGAACGGCACAUUUUUCCAGACUGAGGUAAAGUAUUGAUAGAAGACAACUGGUUCAUUGCUCCAAUGGUUUCCAAUCGUAUGAGCAUAUGGGCAAAACCAACAGCUGUUGGAUCCUUCAGCCCACACGUGACAGAGAUUCCAAGAAAACGAAAAGAAAAUGAUUUGGAUCUGUCCCAAGAAGCUCACAGCCAAACCGAAAAGCGGAGGAGAGAUAAAAUGAACAGCCUGAUUGAAGAACUGUCUGCAAUGAUCCCCCAGUGCAAGCCCAUGGCACGGAAGCUGGACAAACUGACCAUUUUAAGGAUGGCCGUGCAGCACGUGAAGUCUCUCAAAGGUAUGAGAAGUUCUUAUGCAGGAGAUAUUUAUCGACCUUCAUUUAUUCAGGAUAAUGAGCUCAGACACCUAGUCCUUAAGACUGCAGAAGGCUUCCUGUUUGUGGUUGGAUGUGAAAGAGGAAAAAUUCUCUUCGUUUCUAAGUCAGUCUCCAAAAUACUUAAUUAUGAUCAGGCUAGUUUGACUGGACAGAGCUUAUUUGACUUCUUACAUCCAAAAGAUGUUGCCAAAGUAAAGGAACAGCUGUCUUCUGACAUUUCACCAAGAGAGAAGUUAAUAGAUGUUAAAACGGGUUUGCAAGUUCACAGUCAUUUCCAUGGCAGAAGGACUCGAGUGUGCUCUGGCUCCAGACGGUCCUUUUUCUGUCGGAUGAAGAGUUGUAAAGUCUCUGUCAAAGAAGAGCACGACUGCUCACCCGAUGCAACGAAGAAAGAUCAUAGGAAAUUCUGCACUGUCCACUGCACUGGUUACUUGAGAAGCUGGCCUACAAAUACUAUUGGAAUGGAAGAAGAAAGGAACAAUAAGGAAGACAGCAAUUUCACCUGCCUUGUUGCCAUUGGGAGAUUAUAUCCAAAUACUGUCCCACAGAACAGUGGAGAGGUUAAAGUGAAACCAACUGAAUUUAUAACCCGUUUUGCAAUGAAUGGAAAAUUUGUCUAUGUGGACCAAAGGGCAACAGCAAUUUUAGGAUAUCUGCCUCAGGAACUUUUGGGAACUUCUUGUUAUGAAUAUUUUCAUCAAGAUGACCAUAGUAAAUUGACUAACAAGCACAAAGCAGUUCUACAGAGUAAAGAGAAAAUAUUUACAGAUUCAUACAAAUUCAGAGCAAAAGAUGGCUCUUUUGUAACUUUAAAAAGCCAGUGGUUUAGUUUCACAAAUCCUUGGACCAAAGAACUGGAAUAUAUUGUGUCUGUCAACACUUUAGUUUUGGGACACAGCGAGACUGGAGGAGCAUCGUCACUUCCUUACAGCUCUCAAUCAUUGGAAGAGUCCUGUGUCAGUGUGCCUGGACUGUGCACCGGCACAGUGCUUGGUGCUGGCAGUAUCGGCACAGAUAUUGCAAAUGAAGCUCUGGACUUACAAAGUAACCAGUUCAACAAUAUAAUGGAAGAGAAGAUCACCUUUACGGUAGCAACAAAACAGAUAAAAAGGUUACAGUCUUCUUCAUCCUUGGGUGAUUCAAGUCCAACAGGUUUAAUGAAAGAUACUCACACUAUAAACUGCAGGAAUAUGUCAAAUAAGGAGUUGAUGCCACUAAAUCUGUCUGAAAUAGGGGAGCUAGAAGCCACAAGGCAAAACCACAGCACUGUUGCUCCCCCAAGUCAUGAAUCACUCCUAGGCGGUGGUGCCCAGCUGGAUUUUGAUGCCCUGUGUGACAAUGACGACACAGCCAUAGCUGCCUUUAUGAAUUACUUAGAAGUACAGGGGGGCCUGGGAGAACCCGUGGACUUCAGCGACAUCCCCUGGACCCUUUAGCAUUUGACUUUUAACUCCAAAAAUGGGAAAUGUUUUACAGCAUUUCCUUUACAAAAAAACUGUAUGUUCUUCUGUACUGUAUCGAUACUCUUUUUAUCCUUUAUUCUUAUGAAGGUUCUACCAAUUUUUAUAUAUUUGCACCUAUUUCACAGGGGUCUGGGGAAAUGUGAUGUUUUUCUUCAAAUAGAACUGCUCAGAAUUUCCUACAGACGCCUUUACUCAGCCAACUGGUUUUAAACCCACUAGCUGCUAUUUUUUGCUAAAAUAUUUCUGACUAAGAGUAUCACAUACAUCUUGCUUUGGUUUUGUUUUUAUUUUUUUGAUGCAGUUUUUUUGAGUUUGAGAAUUUAAUAUGUUGGCAUUUUUUGGGGGGGUCUUAGAUUCAUUUAAUUGACUUAUAAUAGUAGAUUUGUGUAAUUUGGGACAUUUCCAUUUCUUGUAUAUUUCCUUAAUUGAGGACAGGGCUUAUGUAUUUUUUAAGAAAACAGUGAGUACUUGAACAUUUAAAGGGACAAUGCAAUUGAUAGUCAUGAUCACAGUGACUACUAUGUUUAGUGUUUGUAGACUUGGGCAAGCACAGAGCCAGGAUAUUUAUGCCCAGUUGAGCACUUUGAGGUGGAUGUUAAAUGAGAUGAUUUUUAUUUAAAACUCAGAAAAAGAAAAGUUGAGACACUUUCAACUUUGCUUAUAGAACAGGAAAGAUUCUGGGUCCCAGAUGUUGGUGAUUAAUUUUUGCAUAUUUAAUCUUAAUGUAACCACUCAAGAUAUACAGAUAGAACAGGUUUUCUAUGUUGAAAUGGUAUGUAGUGACUGAUUAUCUUAGAGGAAGGAACAGGCCCAGGCAGAUUAAAUGUUUUGUGUAAACACAAUUAAAUUUAAAUAUUUUUUUAAUGUGUACUGUGUAUAAACCAGUUUCUUUUUACAUACUUGGGAAAGCAGUGGGCUCACUGGUUAAAUGAUUAAUUAACUGAUCCCAAGAACUAGUCAUGGCCUUAAAGAUUAUUAAGCAGUUAGAGUUACUAUUGCAUGUAACCAAAGGCAGUUAUAUACAUGGUAACUACCUGAAAACUAUGAGGCAAUGAGAAAGAAUUUAAAAACCAAUUUUCUAGCUAUAAUUAAAAAUUUGGAGAGCAUUAAUCUAGAGGUGGCUCAAAUCGAGUGCAAGAAUUAAGAAUAUUUAAAGCACUAUUGGUACAUCUACCAUUUUGAAGAUCACAUUUCUGUAUCACCUUACAUUUUAAGAGCUCUUUCUAGUUUACCAAGUAAGUUCCCAUAUAUUGUCUCUUGUGCCCCACACAUGAAAGUAAGAUAGUCUGGGAACCUGGUGGGGAAACCCUGAGGCUCAGGUGUGGGGUUCAAAUCCAGUUUUUUUUCUCUAGAUGGUUCUAUCCCUUUCCAGUUGACUGCCCUGAGCCUCUCACCAUAACAAAGCAUCAUUUUGAUCUGGCCCAUUUCUUUCGGCUGUACUAGUUGAACUUUUGUCAGGUGUGCCAAUGGCAAACAUACCAACAGGCAUUAACCAAAAGCAGAUGUUCCCUUCAAGCACGAUGACUGCAGUGGCUCUGUGGACAAGGGCGUAUUGGUACAUUAUCCUCUUGACCUGACCCAAUGCUCCAGACGUGUCAAAGGGUUGGCACCACUCCUGGACUUGAGACAGCCAGGUUUAGAAUAAGCCCAAGAAACCCUAUGAGAUGGGGGGAGAUUGGUUUGAAGCAGCCCAAGCAUGAUUUGUUAAGUCUGAGGAAGCAAUGAACGAUCACAUCUGUUCUCUUAAGUUGUGCAGAUGGACUUGCCUUACAAACUUAACACUUUAGCCGUCUGAACUCUGGCAGGUUAGCCUUGGCCUGCUGUGUUGGCCUAAGCCAGGGGUUGCAGGAUAGGUCAUUGUGGCUGGAUGGCCUCAAAAGCAGAUGGGACAAACCAUGAUGCAAGGAUCUGAGAGGCAGAGUUUCUAGAGGACUUAUUCCAUAGACCAGUUGGCAGAUAGCCAGUUGGAUGCUUUGAUCCUUUAAUAACCCACUCUGAUGUUUUUCUGUAGAUCUUCUUGCCCUGGACCCAGAAUCCAACCCACAUGUAUGAUACUAUAUAGCUCUCUCAAGUUUGGUGGGUUUUUUUUUCAAAACCCAUUCUGUUUGCAUUUGAUUGCUAUUACGAGUGGCAGAUGUUUAUAUGUCUUACUCAAUAUUACUUUGUCUCCUACCAAUUUCUUGAAUCUUGGUUGAAAAUCUCUAUACAUUGGAUGAAAGCAGUGUAGAGUGUGUGUGUGUGUGUGUGUGUGUGUGUGUGUGUGUGUGUGUGUGUGUGUUUUCCCCCCUAAGAAUUACCUACAGUGAAGUAGUGAGGAGGGGGGAGUGCCUAGAGUCAGAAGAGCCCACUCAGCCAAUAAAUUUAGCUAUGUGACUGCAAGUAAGCCAUUUAAACUCUCUGUACCUCAGUUUCCUCAUUUGUGACAAGAGAUUUGAUCUCCAAGUUUACUUCCAGUUCUGAUUCUGAGAUUCUGAUCCAUAGGACUUGAGCAUUAGGGUCAGACUCUAGAACUGUGCGGUCCCGUGUGAUAGGCACCAGCUACAUGUGGCUACUGAGCACUUUAAAUGUAGAUUUCAAUUGAGAUGUGCUAUAAAUGUAAAUUUCAUAGCAUACCUCAAACAGUAUAAAAAGAAAUAUAAAAUAUAUUAACAAUUUUAUAUGGAUUCCAUGUUCAAAUCAUAUUUUGGAUAUACUGAAUUUAAUGAAACAUUAAAUUUUUACUUUUGACUUUUCUAAUGUGGCUAUUAGAAAAUUUUAAAUUGCACAUGUGCCACACAUUAUAUUUCUAUUGGACGGCUCUGCUCUAGAACAUUUUAUUAAGUGAAUAUUAUUGAAAUAGACCAAAGGUUAUACCAUGAAUAUGAUUAUUUACCUCUAAAUGCUGUGGUUUAAAAAAAACAAUUGCAUAUUUAUCCUUGAAUCUGAACCUCUACAAAUAACUGAACCUCUAUCCAUGUAUCAAAUUUAAAACUUUUUAAAAACUGGUAAACUUGAAAAUUUGAUCAGAUAUUUCAUUACAGGAUGAUCGCCUGAAAUCAAAUAAAAUAAAACUUGAGAUAUAUGUUGACACUGUAUGGUAGUAACUAAAUUUGGAAAUCCAUUGAGAAAUCAGAAGGCAAACAGAACAGUACAGACCAGAGACUUUUGGUGAAUAAAUGGGAUUAAAGUAUUUAAUUACAGUGUUACCUUGGGGAAAGGCUUUAUUUAUGAGUCGUGUUCUCCGAGGAAUCUCUGUAGAGUCAGGGGCACAGGGAAAUGAAAUAGCCACUAUCUAGUUGUUGGACCAUGUUUGGUGGUGCCAUGUCAGAUCCCACUCUAAAGAGGUCUGAGCCACUCAAGCAGGUCAUUGUUGGGCUCUAGAACUGGAGAUUCAGAUUUGCCAAGCAGGGUCUCAUGGGCAGAGCAAGGCUGACAGCUAGGAAAAUCAGAAGCCAUAAAGAAAAACUGCUAAGCGGCCACUAGGUGUCACUUUUCCAUUUCUAGAGGGCUUUGUUUUCAUUAAGUUAAUUUUUCCAAGUACCAUGGGGCUUAGGAGAGGCAUUUAUGUCUUUUGUGUCUAGAAUACGUCUGCCUCUCUGGUAUGAGUUAUUUCAUGAGAAAUGCUUGUUAAGAGAAGAUUCUUCCCACAUAAUAUAAGGACUUUGGUUCAGGGAGCUUUCCAGAUGUGGCCCUGGUAAAACGCUGGCCUUAGAAAGAAAACGCAUCCAACCUAGAAUAUGCUUUCUGAACUCAUGUGAGAGUGUAUGGUAUGUGUGUUACUGCUCAUACAUUCUUGAGCUUAGGUUUGUCUUUUAUACCGUUUUUAGCUUUUUUCCAGUUCACUCGUGCUUUUCUGUAUAUUGGUAUUUUUAAAGUUUUGUAGUCAAUAAUGAAAAGAGUGAAAUUAAACUAUAUUUUAUAACAA